UUUUAUCGUCGUUGUUUGUUCGAGGUUAGAGAGUUUAACUGAAGCCGUAGACAGAAAUGCUACAACUCUGGCACCACCGCAGAGAGUCCAGAAUAAGAAGGCUUAAAUGAGCUUUUUGGGAAGAGAAUGUGACUUUAAAAAAGGUUAAAAUCCAUCAAAAUGACAGGAAGCUAUCUCCUUUAACUUAAAUGAAUGCUUUACUAUCGCCGUCAAUGCUCCCGGGUCUCCAGGCAACGACUCAAACAAACCAGGCUAACUCUGGCUUAGCUCCUCUCUACCGUCCUUCACACUGAAGUCCUUCAUCAUGUCAGGAUUUAUUUGUCCGCCGGAAAGUGUCUACAAUCUGCUUCCCAAGGAAGAGCCCCAUGCCCACAAACCCCCCAGGUAUAUGUCCAAGUUCAGACCUACUGUGAUUCUGGAAAAUAAGUCCACCAAGGAUGCCAUGAGGACCAUGGGACCAGCGAAAGUGAAUGUGCCCUCUCCUGACAAAUACCUCAAGAAACACUCAAAAGAGCCCAAACUAACUGAAAGGUCACAGUGUUCAAAAGAGGUCCGUAACACCUGCACCGUGAGGAAACCACCUGUUCCUACAAGAUCAGACCGACCAGUUAUGGGCCUGAGCUCCAGGAGAGACUUUAUAAAGACAGCAGCAGCUGUGCCAGUGAAGCCACCGCCUACCAGUGUAGACACCAGCAAGGGGCACAAGCAGCUUCUAGAGAAUUCAGGACUCAUACCCAAGUACAUCAAGAAAAAGGAUUACGGGGAAGUACCAGAGUACCUGCAGCAGCGCAAGGAAGAAGAGCGACGAGCCUAUGAGGAGUAUAAAACCUUAGUGAGAGAGGAGAGGGAGCGAGCAGCAAUGAAAAAAAUGUCUGAUGAGACGCGACAGACCAUCCUGGAGGGCCUGAAGAAGAACUGGGAUCAGUUACACCAGGAGUAUCAGGGCCUCUCCGUCAUCAUCGACACCAUGACCAAGAAAGCUCAUAAGGAGCAUCUGGAAGCAUCGAUGAAGCAGCUGGAGACCGACAUCAGCUUUCUGGAGAGGUUUAAGACCGUCUACGUUCCCAAAGACUAGGACCUGGAAUAAACUCUGACAGAUUCCUC